AUGCCGGUGACACAUUCAGAUGAUGAAUCUAGAUUCAGAACGUUUCAAUCAAACAAUUCAACUGGUCACAUCUCUCAACAGGAGCAAUUACAUCCAACUGAGCGGCAUCAUUCAAUUAGAGAAGAAGUGUCUCGGAUUGCAGUGAAAAUACCUCCUUUCUGGCACGCUAGGCCCGAGUUAUGGUUUGCACAAAUUAAGUCGCAGUUUGUAACUUCAGGUGUUACCACGGAGCAUACUAAAUUUCAUACAGUAGUCGCGUCAAUUGAUGGGGUUAUCCUGGCACAAGUCAGUGAUCUGGUUCUCAAUAUGCCAACUGAAAAUCCGUACUCCACUCUGAAGAAGCGUUUACUUGAAGAAUUUUCAAUUUCCGAGCAAAAGAGGUUAAAGAAGCUUCUUCAAGACAUGGAUCUGGGUGACUUGCGUCCUUCUCAACUUCUGCGUGAGAUGAAAAACUUGGCUGGAACACAAGUGGAUGAUUCCUUACUUAGGUCAAUGUGGAUGACACACUUGCCAGCAAAUAUGCGUGCUAUCAUUUCAGUAAGCAGCGAACCUCUGGAUAAAAUCGCUAUCAUGGCAGAUAGGAUUGCUGAAGCGAACGAUGCUUGUUCUAUUCAAGAAGUUCGUUUGCCGACAACCUCCACGGUAAGUGAUGUUUCUCUUCAUCAACAGAUAUCACAGUUAUCGAAGGAAGUGGCCGAGUUAAGGGUUGAACUCAGACGUUCUCGCAGCCGUGCAGCCUCAAGACACCGUAGUCGAAGAAAUAGUGUUGAUCGUGACGACGAAGGUCUCUGCUGGUAUCAUCGCAAGUUUGGUCGUAGCGCCAAAAAAUGCAAAGAACCAUGCAGCAAAAAGUUAAACUAG